UGUAGCUGGUUUCAAUGUGUUGUGUACUGUGCACUGUGCAGUCAGCUGCAACGUCGUGCUUUGGCGGGAAAAUGUGUGUGACAUUCUCAAGACUGUAGAACUGAAGCGAUGGACCAGGAGCCAACUAUGUGGAUAAAAAAAGAGGGAACAGAUGAAGUACAAACUGAGUUAUGCUUCAUGGCCCAAGUUUACCCAUGCAGCAUGAAUGUAAAAGAAGAGUUGGAGGAGGGUGAGAAUAAAGAGUUUCUUGUAGACCCAUUAAGGGCUGAUGACCCUAGUGUUUGGGUAAAGCAAGAUCCCGAACUGAAACAACAUGCUGCUGGAUCUGAGUAUAAUUCUGUUGAAGAUCCUUUGGGAAUAUCUUGGGCCACUGAUUUCAUCAAGGAGGAUCCUGAAUUAAAUUUGGAAAUGAAUAUAACUGAGAAUACUGUGGGAACCUCAACAAGAUACACAUCUGAUAGUGCAAGAUUUACUCAGACUACUGGUGGGAGCUGCCGCAUAUCAUGUGAGGAAACUUGUCACCGUAGACUGGUCCAGGAAGAGUUGGUGAUAGACAUGGAGAAGUCAACACAUGGGUUCAGUACCAAUACAGAAGAUGUGACUAUUGAUAAGGAAUGCUCGGUUGCCACCCAAUAUGAUUGCAGUACGAGGGAAAAGGAAUUACAUGUAUAUAGCUGUAAUUUCUGCCAACAGAGCUUUCCUUCAAAAUACAGGCUCAUAAUGCAUGUGUUUAUGCACAAUGAUGGAACGAAACCACAUUUGUAUGUUUGUAAGUGGUGUGGUGAGGUAUUUGUCAGUAAUGUUGGCUUGAAAAAGCAUAUGAGAAUGAGUGAGAAUUGUCAAUUUUUAACUGCUGAUAGUGAUGAAAGAUAUGGCCAUAGUGAUGAGCAUCAAAGCAGUACCUUGUUGGAUAGCGAGCCAGAAGUUUCUGUCACACAGCACAGUGAGCAGUCUUCAUGUAAGGAAACUUGGAAAGUGUCAAAGAAGCCCUCUAACGACGUGUGUAACACACACAUGACAAAUGAUAGAGAGAAAAAAAGUUCCAUUCAUACCGGGAAAAGACUUCACAAAUGUGAUAUUUGUGACAAAUGGUUUGCCCGGUCAGGUAAUCUAAAGGCUCACAUAUUAAUUCACACCGGAAAGAAACCGCACAAAUGUGAGAUUUGUGGGAAAUCUUUCACGAUCUCAUGUGGUCUCAAGAAACAUGUAUUACUUCACACUGGAAAGAAACCUCACAAGUGUGAGAUUUGUGGGAAAUGUUUUGCCUUGUCAAGCAAUCUCAAGAUACACACAUUAAUUCACACUGGAAUUAAACCUCAUACAUGUGAGAUUUGUGGGAAAUCUUUUGCUAGGUCAGGUGAUCUCAAGAAACAUGUAUUAAUUCACACUGGAAAGAAACCCCACAAAUGUGAGAUUUGUGGGAAAUCUUUUGCUAGGUCAGAUGAUCUCAAGAGACACACAUUAAUUCACACUGGUAAGAAACCUCACAAAUGUGAGAUUUGUGGGAAAUCUCUUGCUACGUCAGAUGAUCUCAAGACACACACAUUAAUUCACACUGGAAAGAAACCUCACAAAUGUGAGAUUUGUGGGAAAUCUUUUGCUAGGUCAGGUGAUCUCAAGAAACAUGUAUUAAUUCACACUGGAAAGAAACCCCACAAAUGUGAGAUUUGUGGGAAAUCUUUUGCUAGGUCAGGUGAUCUCAAGAAACAUGUAUUAAUUCACACUGGAAAGAAACCCCACAAAUGUGAGAUUUGUGGGAAAUCUUUUGCUAGGUCAGGAAAUCUCAAGACACAUGUAUUAAUUCACACUGGAAAGAAAACCCACAAAUGCGAUAUUUGUGGCAAAUCGUUUGCCACAUCAGGUUCACUCAAGAUACACACAAUAAUCCACACUGGAAAGAAACCUUACAAAUGUGAGAUAUGUGGGAAAUCUUUUGCCCAGUCAGGUCAUCUCGAGAGUCACAUAUUAAUUCACACAUUAAAGAAACCGCACAAUUGAGAUUUGUGGCUAAUCAUUUGCUAGAUCAGGUGAUCUCAAGACACAUACUUCAGAACACAUUAGGAGGAGACCUCACAAAUGUGAUGUGACAAAAGUUUCAUUCAGGUGGGAACUCUCAAGACACAUGUACUACUUCACAUCAAAAAGAAAUUACGACAAAUAGAUUUUCCUGGUUGGUGCUCUCAAGGCCUAUAAAACAAUAAAAGUGGCAGGGGGACAGUAAAUUGUAUUACCUGUGAAAUAAAAUUAAAAUGUGGUAGGACUGUGAAAAAAUGUGACAAUAUAUAAAUCCGCAUCUGCCGCUUUACAUGUCAAGCAAUGGUAAUCUUAAAUACUCCAGAAACAUGAAUCAAAUGUGUUUUUGUCAUUAGCACUGCUGCUUUUUCCCAUCGAUCUUGAGACAAGAAGAUUGUGAAUUGUGAUAAAUCCUUACAUUUGUCAGUAAUCGUAAGUACUAUGCAAUAUUCAAGGAAAUGUUAUGACUUGCUGUUUAUUAUUCCAAACAAAGUCAUCAUGUAGUACUUGUAUCUCUGUAUUUUGGAAACAGUGACAGUAAAAAUAUAUUCAUGGCACUUGCUUCAUUCAGAAUGGUAACCUCAAAACUGGAGAAACGCAAUUAUAAUAAUUGUUUUACUCGGACAUGUUUUCUCAAGAGAUUUGCUGUGUCAUUAAUAGUGUGUACAUUUAUGUUCUGUUAGUACUAAUCCUGCAUAAGUACGCGUAACAACAAAUAUAGCAACCUGCUUAAUAGCAUGUUUGUCCACCUUUGGAACACAGUGCUUGACAUAUCAUUUACAUGUUUCUGGGUUUAUGUUGCACCAGUUGUAUUCCACACGUUGAGAUCAGCUAAAUGGUGUGGUCCAGAUAUCGGUGUUAGUUACCAUGCUACUCAGACCAAUGUGGAGUCAUUCUGCACGUGUGACAUGGACAAUUAUCCUGCUGAAAGAUGCCUUCAGCAUGGGAGAGCUCACCAGGAAUGCAGUUGCAAUAAAGGUCACAUAGUCUGCAACUAUCAUGAUGCUUCUAUUACUACCAAAUGUCCCAAAGGAACCAAAGUGACUGCCCCAUAGCAUAAUGCGCCCUCCAUCUGGUGCCAUUCACCUAUAUAGCAUA